AUGUCGGUGCAGGUGGCGGCCCCCGCCGUGGAGCUCAAGGAGCUGGGCGGCCCCAGGGACAAGGGGGCGGCCGCCCCCUCCCGCCCGGCCGAGCCGGGGCCUCUCCCCCCGCCGGGGCUCGGCGUGGCCGGGGCGCCCUGCCCGCUGCCGGCCCCGGCCGGGGAGCGUGAGGCGGCGGCGGCCCCCGGCGCGGGGUGCGGGGCCGAGCGGCCUCCCGUGAGCGGCUGCCCCGGGCUCCCCGCGGCCGGGCUCCCCCCCGGGGCCGUCAAGGUGCCGCAGGCUUCGGCCAUGAAGAGGAGCGACCCGCACCACCCGCAGCACCGGCACCGGGACGGGGGGGAUGGCGACGCCGGGCGGGAGGCGAUGGUCAGCCCCGACGGCACCGUCACCGAGGCGCCCCGCACCGUCAAGAAGAUCCAGUUUGCUGACCAAAAGCAAGAGUUUAACAAGCGCCCAACGAAGAUUGGUCGCCGUUCUCUGUCCCGUUCCAUCUCUCAAUCCUCUACAGAUAGCUACAGCUCAGCUGCCUCAUACACCGACAGCUCUGAUGAUGAGACCUCCCCCCGGGACAAGCAACAGAAGAACUCUAAAGGCAGCAGCGAUUUCUGUGUGAAAAACAUAAAGCAGGCAGAGUUUGGGCGCCGAGAGAUUGAAAUUGCUGAACAAGAGAUGCCUGCACUUAUGGCUUUAAGGAAGCGAGCUCAGGGAGAGAAGCCAUUGGCUGGGGCCAAGAUUGUGGGCUGCACGCACAUAACUGCACAGACUGCCGUACUAAUGGAGACUCUUGGUGCCUUGGGUGCUCAAUGCCGAUGGGCUGCCUGCAACAUCUAUUCUACUCUCAAUGAAGUGGCUGCUGCCCUGGCUGAAAGUGGGUUCCCUGUCUUUGCCUGGAAGGGAGAAUCUGAAGAUGACUUCUGGUGGUGUAUCGAUCGCUGUGUCAACGUCGAAGGAUGGCAGCCUAAUAUGAUCUUGGAUGAUGGAGGGGAUCUGACCCACUGGAUUUAUAAGAAAUACCCCAAUAUGUUUAAGAAGAUCAAAGGGAUAGUAGAAGAGAGCGUGACCGGUGUCCACAGGUUAUACCAGUUAUCUAAAGCUGGGAAACUCUGUGUCCCAGCUAUGAAUGUCAACGACUCUGUCACCAAACAGAAGUUUGACAACCUCUACUGCUGCAGAGAAUCCAUUCUUGAUGGCCUUAAAAGGACGACAGACAUGAUGUUUGGAGGAAAGCAAGUGGUGGUCUGUGGCUAUGGAGAGGUUGGAAAGGGCUGCUGCGCUGCUUUGAAGGCCAUGGGCUCCAUAGUGUAUGUGACAGAGAUCGAUCCAAUCUGUGCCCUGCAAGCCUGCAUGGAUGGAUUCCGCCUUGUGAAACUCAAUGAGGUUAUCAGACAAGUUGACAUUGUCAUCACCUGUACAGGUAACAAGAACGUAGUGACAAGAGAACAUCUAGACAGAAUGAAGAACAGUUGUAUUGUGUGCAACAUGGGACAUUCCAACACUGAAAUUGAUGUGGCGAGCUUACGUACGCCUGAGCUGACCUGGGAGAGGGUGAGAUCUCAGGUAGACCAUGUCAUCUGGCCAGACGGGAAGAGGAUAGUGCUGCUGGCAGAGGGCCGUCUGUUGAACCUGAGCUGUUCCACUGUUCCCACCUUUGUAUUGUCCAUCACUGCAACCACUCAGGCUCUGGCUUUGAUAGAGCUCUACAAUGCCCCUGAAGGGCGCUACAAACAGGACGUCUACCUGCUGCCUAAGAAAAUGGAUGAGUAUGUGGCAAGUCUUCAUCUUCCAACGUUCGAUGCACAUCUGACAGAACUAACAGAUGAACAAGCAAAAUACCUGGGACUAAAUAAAAACGGGCCUUUCAAACCAAACUAUUACAGGUAUUAAGUUUCUGCAGCUGUAACCAGAAGAAGUAAGGAACAAGAAUCCAAGCCUUUUCUCAACUAUUGUACAGGAUGAAAUAGUACAAGCUUCUUAAAUCAGAGCUGGACUUGCUCACAUAGUAGACAGUGUGUUAGGUUAUUUAUU